UUUGCCCUUUAUCAAUCACAAACCGAUGUACACCUUUCCUCAUCAAUCACAAACCCUAUAUUGUUGUUCGAAUUUCAGGAAGAUCGACGCUCCCUGAGGCCGCCGCCGCCUCCGCCUCUGGUAGUUUGUUCUGCCGCACGCAGCCUUGUGUGAGGUUCGUUGCUUCCACGAAAUCAGAAUAGAACUGGUGGUAAAGGGAGGAGGAAGAGGAGGGGAAAAAACAUGGGGGAUCAUGAGGAGUCAGAGCGGUUUGGGAUGGAGAACGAUUUCGAAGACGGUCAGUGGAUCGGUGGGGAGUUCUACUACCGUAAGCGGAAGGACAAGCCUCGCCAGACCAAAGACGACGCCCUUUUUGGCGUCUUCGCUGAUGACAGUGAUGAUUCCGAGGAUGAUUCUUCAUCUGCCAGGAAGCGUAAGAAACAUCUCUCAAAGAAGUCUGACCUUACCAAGCCCGUCAAUUUCGUCUCUACUGGCACUGUCAUGCCUAACCAAGAGAUCGAUCGCCAUUCCAAGGAAGAGGAUACAGUGGAAAAUCAAAAUGGCCUUGGAACUUCUUCCGGCGGCCUAGGGUUUCAUUCGGGCUCCUCUUCUUCUUUAAAGAAGAGCGAAACAGACGACAAUGCUGACAUUCAUUUUGAUGACAGCGACAAAGACUUCCUGCCCACUGCUUUUGGCAGGAGGAUCAAGGAAGGCGCGCAGCAGCGGCGCGAGAGGGAAAGAGAGAAGUCAAAAUUAGCCAACUCCUCACAAUCUGUGAGGCGGGAAACGGAUUCUGGAGAUGUAGGUGCGUUUGAAAAGCACACGAAAGGCAUUGGGAUGAAGUUGCUUGAGAAGAUGGGAUACAAAGGAGGUGGGCUUGGGAAAAACGAGCAGGGGAUUGUCGCUCCCAUCGAGGCGAAGCUGCGGCCCAAAUCAAUGGGAAUGGGUUACGAUAAUUUUAAAGAGUCAAGUUUGCCGGCGUUGCAAUUACCAGAGAAGGAGAAAUCUUUGCUUGGAGUAUCUCAGCCUGCAAGUCGUACCUAUGAGAAGCUGUGGUCGAAGCAAGCUCAGCCAAAGAAGCAUAAGAAGAAGGAUUACGUUACCGCCGAGGAGUUGUUGGCCAGGAAGCAAGAGCAGGGGCUGGAGGUUGUUCAAAAAGUUUUUGACAUGAGAGGGCCACAGGUUCGAGUCUUGACAAACUUGGAGAACUUGAAUGCGGAGGAGAAAGCGAGGGAAAACAACAUUCCUAUGCCGGAGCUGCAGCACAAUUUGAGAUUGGUUGUUGAUUUAGCUGAGCUGGACAUACAGAAAAUUGAUCAGGAUUUGAGGAAUGAGAGGGAGACGUUGGUCACUUUGCAGAAGGAGAAGGAGAAGCUUCAGUAUGAGACAACUCACCAGAAGAAACAGCUGGACAAUAUGCUGGAAAUAGUUAGCUCAUUGGACCAAAUUGGGGAGGAGAACUUGCUUGGAACUUUGACUCUUGACUCCCUCGCAAAGUCAUUUAGGGAAAUGCAGAGGCGGUAUGCUGAUGAUUAUAAACUCUGUAACUUGUCUUGCAUUGCAUGCUCAUUUGCCCUUCCUCUGUUCAUUAGAGUGUUUCAAGGAUGGGAUCCGCUUCAAAAUCCAUCACAUGGGUUGAAUGUGAUAUCCUUGUGGAAGAAUCUGUUGCAAGGAGAGGAUGAUUGCUUUGAUUUUUCUGAUGCAGCGUCACCUUAUACUCAGUUGUUUAUGGAAGUUGUCUUCCCUGCUGUGAGGAUAUCUGGCACCAACACUUGGCAGGUGAGAGAUCCUGAACCAAUGCUCCGGUUUUUGGAGUCUUGGGAAAAGCUGCUGCCUUCUUCAGUUCUUCAAACUAUAUUGGAUAACAUUGUUAUGCCUAAACUAUCAGCUGCUGUGGAUUCCUGGGACCCACGUCGGGAAACUAUUCCAAUCCACGCGUGGGUGCAUCCAUGGCUACCGUUAUUGGGACAAAAACUGGAGAUCUUCUAUCAUACUGUACGCAAUAGGUUGGAAGGUGUUCUUCAUGCUUGGCACCCUAGUGAUAUGUCUGCAUACUAUAUAUUGUCGCCUUGGAAGACUGUGUUUGAUCCAGCUAGUUGGGAACAACUAAUGGUUCGAUUUAUUCUGCCGAAAUUGUUGGCUGUCAUGCAUGAGUUCCAAGUGAACCCAGCAAACCAGAAGCUUGACCAGUUCUACUGGAUCCAGACUUGGGCUACUUCUAUUCCCAUUCAUCAUAUGAUCCACUUAAUGGAUGUGUUCUUUGACAAGUGGCAACAAGUUUUGUAUCAUUGGUUGUGCUCAAACCCAAACUUUGAAGAAGUGACCAAAUGGUAUUUGGGUUGGAAGGAGCUGCUCCCACCAGAACUUCUGGCGAAUGAACAUGUUAGGUAUCGACUUAACUUGGGUCUUGACAUGAUGAACCAGGCAGUUGAAGGCACGGAAGUAGUCCAACCUGGUUUGAGGGAAAACAUUAGCUAUCUCAGAGUGCUUGAGCAAAGAAAGUUUGAGGCUCAGAAGAAAGUAGCAGCACAUGCUCGAGCUUCUGGGAGCCUGGAUGGUGCAACCCAGAUGACCUUGAAAGAAGUUAUCGAAGAUUAUGCACAGCAGAAUGGGUUUCUAUUUAAGCCUAAACCUGGGAGAAUGCAAGAUGGUCAUCAGAUAUAUGGCUUUGGUAAAAUAAGCAUUAUAAUUGACUCUCUAAAUCAAAAGGUAUUUGCACAAAUGGAAGAAAAGUGGUCUUUGGUUUCCCUUGAACAGCUGCUGGAGAUGCAAAGCUCUGGUUGAAGUGAUGCUGAAUUUCUGAAUUAGUUUAGUUUUUCUUGAUUUGAAUAGGAGGCGAGUUUUUUUUUUUUUGUUUGUUUCCUUCUUGGCAGUUUUUUUUAGGUAUUUAAAGGGGUAAUUAUAACUCUAGGAUAUUUCUAUGCAUGCAAUAUGAUAUUAGAUUUUUCGGUAUGUCUAAUACGUGUGAGGUGGAAGGCAGUUUUGUGAUUUGUUUGAUUUGUAGACUCUCCUUGCUUCUUCAAUGGACAGGUUCAUUUUAGUGCUUUAGCAGUC